AUGGGGAACUUAACUAAAGUGACAACAUUUUUCCUGACCAGGGUAUCAGACUAUCCACAGAUCUUAUAUACUCUAUUUUCUUUUUUCCUGAUCAUCUACUCAAUGACUGUUAUAUUAAACGUCCUCAUUAUUUUUUUGGCCAUGUGGGAUCCCAAGCUUCACACCCCAAUGUAUUUCUUUCUUGGAAACCUAGCAUUUUUGGAUAUAUCAUUUUCAUCAGUCACUGCACCAAGGAUGAUCUAUGACCUCAUCACCACCGGAAAUGUAAUAUCUUUCCCUGCUUGUAUGACCCAAGUUUUUUUCUUCAUUUAUUUUCCCACCUGUGAAAUAUUCCUGCUGGCAGCUAUGUCCUAUGACAGAUAUGUUGCCGUGUGUCACCCCUUGCACUACACUCAGAUCAUGUCUUGGAAAGUCUGUGCUCAGCUGGUAUCUGUAGUUUGGACUUUUAGCUUACUUUACUCCUUGAUACAUUCACUGUGUACCCUAAGGCUGACAUUCUGCAAUUACAACACUAUUCAUAAUUUUUUAUGCGACCUUCCCCAUUUGUUCCAGAUCUCGUGUACAGACACCUAUAUGAAUGUUCUAGUUAUACUUAUUCUAGGGGGAGGUCUUGGCAUUCUAGCCUUUUCUAUAACAUUCCUUCCAUAUAUGCGUAUUUUCCUCGCUCUCAUCAGAAUAAAGACAAACUAUGGAAAGCGGAAGGCUUUCUCCACCUGCACGUCUCACCUUGCCGUGGUCUUUUUAUUCUAUGGUUCCAUUGUCUUCAUCUAUUUCGUCCCCUCCACAAGUUAUAUGUUUACUGUAAACAAAGUGGUGUCUGUAAAUUACGCUAUAAUUAACCCUUUGCUAAAUCCUCUGAUCUACAGUGUGAGGAAUCAGGAUCUGAAGGCAGCACUUAGAAGGUUUUUGAGUUAUAGAUCAUUCUAA